CUUAUUCGCUUCAAGACAUUUCAAAUGUUGUGGAUAUUUUUGAUACAGUAAAUUUUUUGUGCUCAAAAAGCAUACCAAUUCCACAAAUAUAUGAAUCCUAUAUCACUACAACUUUAUAUGGUCCUCCUCAAGUUUUAUUGUCAAGCAAUAAAAUAUUAUAUUUUUUUGAAUAUUUAGAUGAUGAAAGUAAUCUUAUGACAUUAAUGACCAACGUAUUAGAAUAUGAUAUUAUAUCAAAUUCAUGGCAACUUAUUAAUACUAGUGGUGCAGUACCUAGUCAGCGUAGCGAAUUUACGGCUGUUUCAACUUCAGAUGGACGAGUUAUUAUAUAUGGUGGAACGAGAAAUAUGCUAGCAGCUACUCCAUCUUUAGUAGUUCUGAACACUUCUAAUUAUGAGUGGUCAGUACCAUCAGAAAUAAAUCAUGUUGGACCAUUAACUCAGCAUACAUCAAUUAUAGUUAAUAACUAUAUGAUUGUAGCUUGUGGCAUAAAUGUUACAAAUAACAAAAGUAAUGAUUGUAUUUAUAAAUUGGAUAUAUCAGAUCCAUUAAUAUAUAAAUGGUCAUUAUUUUCCAACACCACUAAUAAUUUUGUUUUGCAAAAACCUAAUUCAACAACCUUACCAACAACCUUACCAACAUCUAGCAGUUCUCCAGAUAAUUCUAUAUCAAAUAAUAGUUUAUUCUUUGGUAUUGGUGUUGGAGUUGGGAUAGGAAUAAUU